GGCACUUCCGGCUCGGCGGCUCCAAGAUGGCGGCGCUGGCUCUGAGGGGUUUGGGGCGGCGCUGCCUCCUGGCCCGGCUGGGGCCCGGCCCCACCCUGCACCAGGCCGUCCCCAUGGGCACCACGGCCCGGGAGGAGAUGAGGAGGUUCUGGGAGAGGAACGAGCGCUCGGGGCGACCCCUGUCCCCCCAUGUCAGCAUCUACAAGUGGUCGCUGCCCAUGGCCAUGUCCAUCACGCACCGCGGCACCGGCGUCGCCCUCAGCCUCGGUGUGUCCCUGUUCUCGGUGGCCGCCCUGCUGCUCCCUGAGCAGUUCCCCCAUUACCUGGCCCAGGUGCGGGCGCUCAGCCUGGGCCCCACCCUCGUGUGCUCGGCCAAGUUCCUGCUGGCCCUGCCCCUGUGCUACCACACCUGGAACGGCGUCCGCCACCUGGCCUGGGACCUGGGCAAGGGGCUGAAGCUGCCGCAGGUGACGCAGUCGGGGCUGCUGGUGCUGGCCCUGACCGUGCUGUCCUCGGCCGCGCUGGCGGCGCUGUGACAGCCCCGGGGCCUCCCCAGAUCCCGGGAUCCCAAAAUCCCGGGAAUCCCAAAAUCCAGGAAUCCCAAAAUCCCGGGAAUCCCAAAAUCCCGAAAUUCCAAAUCCUGGGAAUCCCAAAAUCCUGGGAAUCCCUAAAUCCCAGGAAUCCCAAAAUCCCGGAAUCCUGGGAAUCCCAAAAUCCCGAAAUUCCAAAUUCUGGGAAUCCCAAAAUCCCCAAAUCCCAGAAUUCCGAAAUCCUGGAAUCCCGGGAAUCCCAAAAUCCCGGAAUCCCAAAAUCCCAGAAUCCCGAAAUCCUGGGAAUCCCGGGAAUCCCAAAAUCCUGGAAUCCCAGGAAUCCUAAAAUCCCAAAAUUCCAAAUUCCAGGAAUCCCAAAAUCCUGGAAUCCCGGGAAUCCCAAAAUCCGGGAAUCCCAAAAUCCUGGAAUCCCAAAAUCCUGGAAUCCCGGCAUUCCUGGGAGUCCCGAAAUCCUGGAAUCCCACCCCUCCCAUCCCCCUCCCCAAAA